CAAGGCCAUCUACUCAACUCAACACAAUCUGCUGUAAUCUGCAAAGGAUGUACCGUUCUUUCAGUGAUCGUCAGUUUUUAGUUUUUUAAAUCGUUAAUAUCUUUCGUUUUCGUUUUCUCCGAGUGUGCGAUCGAAGUGUCAUGGCUCAACGAUUAUUGUGCACCGCUCAAAAGCUAGAAAAAUUGAUAUGGAAAGGCGUAAGACGAGGCAGAAUAGACACUUACACGCUCCAAAGGAAUUUAUCUUUGCUGAGCCGCACGCACAGCUCUACUCUAGAGAAAGUUCUGAGCCAGUGGCAGACACUCUGUGAGAAGCCCCCGAAAGGGUUUGAUAAAUUUUUCCAGCCGAAAGGAAAGUCAGGUAAGAAACUCGAGGAAGCACACAAGAAAGAUGAAUCUGCCUCCUCCAAAUCAGCCGCAGAGUCCAGCGAAUCGUCAAGUCAACAGAGCAGUUCAAGAUCCUCAAGUCAGUGGUCCAUGAGAGGGUCUGGAGGCUCCAGCAGUAGUGGCAAAGGUGGAGGUAAAUCCUUCAAUUUUGAAAUAAAUUCGAAGGAUUUUGACCCAAAAGUAACAGGUGCUAUUGCAACCAUCAUCAUCCUAGGAUUGUAUACCAUGUAUGAAAUGAGUUAUAAAGAAAUCACAUGGAAAGAAUUUAUAAAUAAUUACCUAACCAAAGGAAAUGUGGAACGAUUAGAAGUGGUAAAUAAAAAAUGGGUACGCAUCAAAUCAACUUCUGCUGGAGAUGGCACGGUACCGUGGUUCAACAUUGGCAGUGUUGACUCGUUUGAACGUAACUUGGAAAAUGUUCAAAUGGAAAUGAACAUUGAGCCGCCAGAUUUUGUACCUGUUGUCUAUAAAAACAUAUUUGAACUGGGACAAGUAACCUCCUUUUUACCUACACUUCUCAUAAUAGCAUUUCUUUUCUACUCAAUGAAGAAGUCAAUGCAAAUGAUGGGCGGAGGUCGUGGUGGUAAAGGAGGUGGAAUUUUUGGAGUGAUGGAGUCAACAGCAAAACUGAUCAAUUCUAGCGACAUAGGAGUCAGAUUCAAAGAUGUCGCUGGUUGUGAAGAAGCAAAAGUAGAAAUUAUGGAAUUUGUAAAUUUUUUGAAAAAUCCUCAACAGUAUAUCGAUCUUGGAGCCAAAAUUCCAAAAGGAGCCAUGUUAACAGGGCCACCUGGUACUGGUAAAACAUUACUUGCUAAAGCAACAGCGGGUGAAGCAAACGUGCCGUUUAUCACCGUCUCAGGAUCAGAGUUUCUUGAAAUGUUCGUCGGAGUAGGACCUUCUAGAGUCAGAGAUAUGUUUACAAUGGCCAGGAAGCAUGCUCCUUGUAUUCUAUUCAUUGAUGAAAUCGAUGCAGUUGGUAGGAAACGAGGAGGUCGUAAUUUUGCUGGUCACUCAGAGCAGGAAAACACUCUCAACCAACUUCUUGUUGAGAUGGAUGGUUUCAACACAACAACUAACGUUGUUGUAUUAGCCGCCACCAACCGUGUAGAUGUUUUGGACAAAGCGUUGAUGCGACCUGGGCGUUUUGAUAGGCAAAUCUUUGUUCCUGCCCCCGAUAUUAAAGGCCGUGCGUCCAUUUUUAAAGUGCAUUUGAAACCUUUGAAAACGAAACUGAAUCAAGAUGAGCUGUCAAGGAAAAUGGCUGCUCUGACUCCUGGUUUCACAGGAGCUGAUAUUGCCAAUGUCUGCAAUGAAGCGGCUUUAAUAGCAGCCAGAGACUUAAACCCAGAUAUCAACAUGAAGCAUUUCGAAGCAGCAAUAGAGCGAGUUGUAGCUGGUAUGGAGAAGAAGACCAAUGUUCUUCAGCCAGAAGAAAAGAAGACAGUAGCAUACCAUGAGGCUGGCCAUGCAGUUGCUGGCUGGUUCUUGCAACAUGCUGAUCCAUUAUUGAAAGUAUCCAUUAUUCCAAGAGGGAAAGGUCUUGGUUAUGCACAGUAUCUCCCAAAAGAACAGUAUCUGUAUACGAAAGAACAGCUUUUCGAUAGGAUGUGUAUGACUCUUGGUGGUAGGGUUUCGGAAGAAAUAUUCUUCGGUAGAAUAACGACGGGUGCUCAGGAUGAUUUGAAGAAAAUAACGCAGAGUGCAUAUGCUCAGGUUGCACACUUUGGAAUGAAUCCUGUCGUGGGAAACGUCAGCUUUGAUCUCCCUCAGCCUGGAGAAAUGGUCAUGGAAAAGCCUUACUCAGAAGCAACUGCCCAGACCAUUGACGCUGAAGUUAGGAAACUGAUUUCAGAAGCACACUCCAGAACCACCAAGCUUCUCAACGAACAGAAAGACAACGUCAUCAAAGUUGCUGAAAGGUUAUUAAAACAAGAAAUCUUAAGUAGAGAUGACAUGAUUGAGCUCUUAGGAAAGCGGCCAUUCCCUGAGAAGAGCACAUAUGAAGAGUUCGUUGAGGGAACCGGAUCGUUAGAAGAAAACACUGAAUUACCAGAAGGCUUAAAAGACUGGAACAAAGAAAAACAAGGAGACAAAAGCAAAGAGAAAGAAGCCAAAUCGUAACUUUAUCUGGAUUGAUCUAAAAUCACGUGCGUUAGUUUAAAUUGUAUUGUUUUAUAGUUCCUUUUUGUUUUAUACAUGUAUAAAUUGUUUUUAAUAAACAUUUAUAGAAAAAAACGCUCGUCUUUAUUUUUGCAGGAAGCUUUUCAGCACGACAGAAUCCUUGUUUUUCUGCCUAUAAUGGCUUUGUCUAACUCUCAUCUUUUUAAGGUUUACCGCUGUUGUCAAGUUUGGUCACAAACUCUGUUAUUUCAAACAAUAAAUGAAAAAGUGAAAAAAAUGGAAAAA